UAUACACCUGUAUAUAGUACCAUUAUUAAUAGAAAUUUUUAAAAAUUCUAAAUUACUAAAUAUGAUCCCAACUCAAGAUAGACAAGGAGGAGAUACAGAAGCAAGUGAAGCAGAAAUAGAAAAUCCAAUAAGUACCAUAAUGGAACAAAUUACUGGACUAAAUCAGAAAAUAGAACACAACGUUUUGGAAAUUGGCGAUAAUGCUGUGGGUGUAAGAAUAAAUGAAGUAAUUGCCAGCAUAAAGGAAAUAGAUGAGAAUGUUGGCAGAGCACACAAUACGAUAGAUGGCAUGAAUACAUCGAUGGAGGAAAUAGAAAACAGGCUGGCAGAUUUGGAAAAGGAAAAUACAGAACUGAAAAAGACAAACAAAUCUCUCAUGAUUAAGUUAGAAAAUAUUGAAGGACAGUGUCGAAGGAAUAGUCUGAUAUUUUAUGGUUUUAAUGACAACGAAAAUGAAAAGUGGGAUGGAAGAAAUGAAAAACGCAUCAGAUCAUAUUCAUGUGUCAAAGAUAAUUGGAACAAACUCGGAAAAGCUCAUCGUAUAAAAUCCGUAUCAAGACUAAGGCCAAUAUUUUUCAAAGUUGAAAAGUUUAAACAAAAAGACGUGUUAGCGAAAACUAAACAGACGGUAAAGAAAGUAGAAGAUCAAGAGGAAAAGAAGGAAGCAGAAGGACAUAACAAAAUAGGCACAAUCAACACCUGGACUAUCAAUUGUCAGUACAGUUGGAAAAACAAGUGUAGAACAAUGCCCCGUAGGACAGUGAUAGAAGCCAAGGUAGUCGAUGCUGAGAAACGGAGAGUUCCAAGUAAGCAUUAUGUGUAUGUGAUUCAUGUAACUUGGUCUGAUGGCUCUGUCAAUGUUAUCUACAGACGCUACAGUGCUUUCUUUGAUUUUCAGGUAAAACUGUUAAUGAAGUAUCCUGACGAAGCAGGAACGAAGAAUCCUCAACAGAGGAGUAUUCCAUUCAUACCAGGAAAGAAGUUGCUUGGGAGAAGUCAUACCCGUGAGGUUGCUGCAAAACGACAAAAACCCUUGAAUGAUUAUUGCAAGAGUCUAGUGAGGCUCCCAAUUAAUAUAUCAGAAAGUAAAGAGGUAAUAGAUUUCUUCACACCUACACCUGAGGAUAUAAAUCCACCAACGGAAAAAGAUUCAGCUGGAAAAGACAAAUCAGCACAAAAAAAUAUUGAAGAAAUUACUGGCCCUAUUCAGUCCGAAACAUAUGUUGUUAUUGCCGACUACAAAAAGCAGGCUAAGAACGAGGUGACGUUAAAAGAAGGGGAACAAGUGGAAGUGCUUGAAAAAGGGGACAAUGGUUGGUGGUUCAUAUCAGUGCAUGAUGCACAAGGCUGGGCUCCUGGUACAUUCAUGCAGAGGGAUGAUGGAAAAGAUGACGAAGAUUUCAUUGUUGGCAAUUAUGAGAAAUACAUUAGCAAUUGUGCGUACGAAGCACAGCAGGAGGAUGAACUUAGUUUUGAAAUUGGAGCUGUUGUUGAAAUCGUUAAAAAGAGUCUGGAUGGUUGGUGGCUUGUCAAGUAUUUAAAUGAACAAGGAUGGGUACCUGCAGCCUAUUUACAGGUCUACAAAGGGCCUGACCGCUCAAACGUCAAACCCUCAGGACCGACACAGAUCAUCGGUUCAAUCAAAGAUAUUGGCAAGAAGUCAAGUUCCACCCCAGACAGUACAGAUGCAAGCAACAUGUUCUUGAAGGGACCGCAGAGUUCUAGUGGAUUGCGAUUGGAUAAUAAGAGCAAGCCAACACCACCAAGAAGGUCAACCGUUAGGAGAUCUCUUAAAAACCGGAGAAGCACAGGUGCAAUAAGAAGAGUCAAUCGAGUUCCCAUGGACUACUACACAAUAGAGGACUAUGCCAACCACGUGGGUGAUGGAAUUAGCUUCAAGAAAGGCCUACUUGUUGAGGUGAUUGAGAAAUCCUCAAGCGGAUGGUGGCUUGUAAAAAUCAACAAUGAAGAGGGAUGGGUUCCUGCUACCUUUAUUGAGAAAAGGCCUGUCACACAGAUGCCUUCAAAUGCCGACGACACUCCAUCCAAUAACAAUAAUACAGUAAAAGUGACAGACAAUACUCCUAAGAUGGGAGGACACGCGUUUCAGCCUUAUAACAAACAAGUCAUUCAUCCAGUACCUGUGAAACCAUUAAUUCCAGAUCGCCCAAAACAGCUUGGCGGUAGUGGAAGCCCAAGGCAGGUAGGUGGCGGGAGAAGCCCGAGGCAGCAGGCUGACAGGAAAAGUCCAAGAGAUCUUGGUGGCGGAGAAAGCAAUGGUACAGUACAGACAAACGAAUUGUCGACAGCUAGGGCCAAAUUGAAAUCUGCAGGAAAGCCAGUCAUCAAAAAACAAAAUAAUAUGGACUCUGGUGACGAAUUAAGUGAGGAAGUGAAGAGAGUAUUUGCAAGAAAAUCCUCAAAUCUGUACAUAACCACAUGCCAAUUUGAGAAGGAGGAUGUCGAAGGAAUUGGCUUUGCAGAAGGAGUUGAAGUGGAAGUGUUAGAGGAGCAUGCAAGUGGCUGGUGGUUAGUUCGUAUUGGUGACGAAGAGGGUUGGGCACCAUCAAGCUUCCUCCAGAAGUUAUAACCCUUGUUGGACUCAUAACCUUAGAACAAAUUUAAAUGCACAUGAAUCAUUCAUCAAGAAAUUUUCAUAUUCUAGAUUCGAUUUGUGAAGCGAUUCAAGUAUCAAGUAGUCAUUAAACUUAUGGAAACAAUUUCAAGUAUUUCCUGAAUAUGCUUAAAUAUUCAUGACCCAACCCUUAAAAUAUUUUAUUAUUCAUUAUUUAUUUUUAAAGUAUCUAUAUAUUCAUAUUUUUCUGAACAAGUUUAAAUUUUCAUGAAUCA